GAAACUGCAACCUGUAAGUGAACAUUUAUAUUAGCUGCUCUGUGGAUGCUGGACAUUUUGUAAGUGCUGGUCAGCCUUAAAUUCAAGAUUGAAGUCAAACUUUAAAACUGGAGAGAAAGAUCUACAAUGGCACUGUAUCAGCAACUGCCAUUUUUCAACCCAAGUGUGCCGUUCACUAGACUGAUCCAGGGAGGACUGAAGGACGGCAUGAGUAUUACAGUAUGUGGACGAGUUUUGUCAGAUGCCAAUAGAUUCCAGAUGGACCUCAAGUAUGGGUCUGAUAUUGCUCUGCACUUUAACCCUCGCUAUGAUGGAGGAUCUGGGUAUGUUAUGCACAACACCUACCAGAAUGGUGGAUGGGGCUCAGAGGAAAGGAAGUACGAAACUCCCUUCCCGAAAGGCCAGCUGUUUGCACUGCAGAUCCUCGUCACACUGGGCUCAUACAAGAUAAGUACCAAUGGUAAACCCUUCUCGGAGUACAAGCACCGUAUGCCGUUUUCAUGGGUGGACCGAAUCCAUAUGAGUGGAAAGGUGGAACUGAGUUUAGUUGCCUUCCAAUAUCUUGCGCCCCAUCAACCACUAGGAUCCUUUACGGUCCCGUAUAAAAGCAUCAUCCAUGGUGGACUUCAGCUUGGUAAAGUCAUCAUCAUCCAAGGAUUUAUCAAUCCCCAAGCGAAUAGAGUAGGGUUUAGUCUACGGCACAAAACUGGAAUUGCAUUCGACUACAGUGCUCGUUUUGAUGAAAACGUGGUUUUGUGCAACAAUUAUGAGGAGGGAAAUUGGGGUAAAGAGCAACAAUCUGACCUCGUGCCAUUUAAAAGAGGGGAACCACUGCAGGUCACCAUUUUCUGCAGUCGUCAUUAUUACGAGGUGUUUGUCAAUGGUGAACAAACUCACAAUUAUAGCCAUCGUGUCACUAAACUGGAGAAGAUUGAUGUUUUAGAAGUUAGUGGCGAUGUGCAGCUUACAUUUGUGCAGCCUUAACAAGGAUUUCAUCCAGAUUUAUCUAUGAGAAAUAUUUUACUUUUUUAUACUUUUUUAUCCCUCAUUUCUUAGUUUGUAUUAUUUGCCUGCAUUUAAUCAACAUAAAAUCAAAUUUACAAAGCGAACAAACAUUGAAAAGAUUAUAGUCACAAACAGAAAUACUGUUGGUUAUGGAAACAUUAAAGGUGCCAUCGAAUGAAAAAUUGAAUUUACCUUGGCAUAGUUGAAUAACAAGUGUUCAGUACAUGGAAAU